AUGAAAUAAUUAGAUCAAAGGAUCACAGCCUUAGAAUAAUUAAUUGGCGAUGGAGAUCUUGUAAUCACAGAUACCAUUUAUAAUCAAAUCUAACAGAUGAGAGAGAUUGCUCGUCAACAAAAUCUGAGCUCCAAAUUGUAUAAAAUGGCUUCAUUAAUUUACAACUAUGAUCUAAACUAUUGCUAUUCAGCUUUGCCACCUCAAAGUAAGAUAUAAUUGAUCAUGCAAUCUGAGAAAUACUUGCAAGAGGCUUCAUAAAAUUUGAUUAAAAUUAUUAAAUACAGAAAAUUUGUGGACUUUGAGCCGAUUAUUGGGUUAUAGGAGAAAAUCAAUCAAAUCUUACUGCUUUAGACAGCAUCCAAAUUGGCAUUAAAAGAUGACUAAAUUGUUGUUAAUCAAAUUAAUAGUGCCAUGUUAAUGGAUGAUUUUAAUCGAUACCAAUAAUAAUUAGAGACUUUGGUCUUAAUUAAUUAUGAGUUGAAUUAAUAAAUUGAAUGA